AUUUCUUUCACAAAAGAGCACGUUCAAGAUGGAAGCCGUGGGGACGGAGCAAACGCUGUUCCAUGAGAAGAACGUGUGGAUUUACAAGGUGCCGCUGCUCACAGGCGACCCGCGCGCCGAUCAAUGGGACGUUGAGAAGCCUCUUAUGACCGGGUCGCUGCGCGUCGUCCAAAUCAACGAUCGAUGCUUUGUCAAUCUGUACGAACCCAACCAAACUAUCUUCGCGCAGUGCCCUGUAGAAAUCGACUCCACGCGCCCGCUGAAUGUCUUUGUUCAAGACUGUAUUGACUCCUCGCGGUACUUUGUACUGCGCGUGGUCGAUGCAAACUCGAAUCGGCAGGCGUUCGUGGGUAUUGGCCUGCCCGAACGGUCAGCAGCGUUCAACUUCAAGGCAGCCCUACAAGACUUUGCCAAGUACACGCAGCGUACAUUGUCGCUGGAGCAAAGCGAAUCCAAGGUCAACCCUCCCAAGGACCUCGGUCUCCCUAGUGGCGCCAAAUUGCGCAUACAAAUCGGUGGGAAGGCGCAAGUCGUCGUCUCCGACCUUACUGCCACGGAUGCCAAGAGGACGAACUCACAACCAGCAGACCUGUCGGCGUUCAAGAUCGCGCCGCCACCGGCGUCCAACCUUCCUUCAGCGUCCUCUUCGUCGGUCUCCGAUGAAGACUGGGGCGAGUUCAAAUAAGCCAACGUUCAUAUUUACUUGUUUUCUGUUCGA